CUGGAGAGAAACAGCGAUGAAAGGGGGCACUUCUUCAUCUGCAGAAAAAACACUAAAACUCUGCAGGAGGAGGCAGGAGAAGAAGCGGUUUUUACCGCUUUGGUAGCUAUGGACAAUGACGACUGCAGCGUGAAGGAGAACGGUGACUGUGAGGCGGCUCGGCUAAACAAUGACAUCAGCAUUAGCUCUGGCAUAAGCCCCGCCCCUGGACUGAGGAAAAAGCAGCUGCUGUGGCAAAGCGCCGUCAGAAACAUUAUUGACCAGCACAACCUGUACUCGCUCAAGCUCGCCGGCGGGCUCGAGAGGGGGAGGCACCGCAUCACGGUCACCGACGCCUACAUAGCUGAAAUCAACAGGCAGAUUCGUAACAAAGCAUCCCGGGGUGCGUUCUGGCAGAAACGACGCUCAUCUGCUGCUCGCGUCCAUCCAACAACGCCAAAAAUCUCAGUGCCAAUCGGUAUAAAACAAGACUCUCUCACUGACGCUGACUUCUUCGUGUCCCGGGGGGCAACAGUGCGAGGCGUCGUCAUUCCCACGCUGCAGCACACGUUCAAGUCUCCAGACCUGGAGAGGGUCUAUCAGCAGUUUUCGUCUGGUCAGAGAAGAAUGUCGCUCAUCGUCACCAACGUCAUAGACAUCCUGACACGGCUGCUCAUCCUGAUGCUGACGUGGCCGUCCGGGUGGUGGGGCGUGGCCUGUGAUUGGCUGGCUGGCCUUUCUGUCAUCCUGUGGGCGGGGAUCUGCAUGCUGGCCUUGACAAGGAGGGAUGUGAUGUCAUCUCCACAGUGGCUAAGGUACCUGUCCGUGGUCAGCUGGUUCUCUCAGACCAUUCAGGUGUUGGUGGGUGUGUUCAGCUGGUCGGAGAAUGAUCACUCCUGGUACGUCUUCUUCUGCCUGUUCUCCACCCACACCUUGCUGCCCCUUCCCCUCCUCUGGUCCAUCAUCGCCGGGGCAACCACCUCCAUCCUGCACCUGCUGCUGGACGUCUGCUGUCACUAUGGCAACCAAGCCUUCAUCACUAAGGUGUUGUCCAAAGCCCUGCUGUACCUGGCCAUGAACACAGCCGGUCUCUUCAUCCACUACCUGUCAGAUCGAACUCAGAGGCAGUCCUUCCUAGAGACGCGGCGCUGCAUUGAGGGGCGAGUGAGGCUGGAGAGAGAGAACCACAGACAGGAGCGUCUGGUCAUGUCCAUCCUGCCUCGGUUCCUGGUUCUGGAGAUGACAGCUGACAUGGCGUCCAUGGAAGACUACCUUCUGCCCCAGCAGUUUCACAAGAUCUAUGUCCACCACUACAAAGAUGUCAGUAUCCUGUUUGCUGAUAUCAUUGGCUUCACAUCCCUGUCUUUGGUCCUGUCAGCACAAGAACUCGUUAAAACUCUUAACGAGCUGUUUGCACGCUUCGAUCGGCUGGCUGAGGAGCAUCAGUGUCUGCGUAUAAAGAUCCUUGGGGACUGUUACUACUGCGUGUCUGGUGUCCCAGAGCCUCAGAGAGGCCAUGCUCGCUGCUGCGUGGAGAUGGGCCUCAGCAUGAUCAACACUAUACGGUAUGUGCGCCGCGAGAUUCAGCAGGAGGUGGACAUGAGGAUCGGUGUUCAUUCUGGUUCGGUGCUGUGUGGCGUCCUGGGUCUGCAGAAAUGGCAGUUUGACAUUUGGAGCUGGGACGUCGACAUCGCCAACAGUCUGGAGGCAGCAGGAGUGCCAGGGAGGAUCCACAUCUCUCGGGCGACUCUAGACUGUCUUGGCGGGAUCUAUGAGACAGAGGCGGGGAACGGCCAAGACCGAAAUGAGUUUCUACGGAAACACAAUAUCGACACGUACCUGAUUCGUCCUGCCACAAAAGAGGAGGCGGAGCCACCCAGAGCGAGACGGCCGAGUUAUGAUGAGAUGACGACGUGGAGCGCCGAGCUGCCGUUUGGAGACAUCCUGGGGAUGAACUUUAUCCUCGCCACCUUCACUAACGGCUCCCUGACCCAGCUGCCCAAUCAGAUCUCAGUGCAGCGCUCCGGUUCCAGGGAGGUGAACAAGAGGAUCUGUCAGGCCAUCGAGGUCCGCAGCAGCGAGCGGAUGAGGAAGGAGCACAUCACCACCUUCACCCAGGUGUUCAAGGACUCCCAGAUGGAGGGAAAGUACUCCCAGAUGAGAGACGAACUCUUCAAGUCCAACAUGGUUUGUUCCUUCAUCCUGCUGCUGCUGCUGAUGGCUGUGCAGGCGCUGAUCCCCGCCCCCAGGUUGCUGCUGAUGGUUGCUCAGUUCAUCGUCUGCAUCAGCGUCUACUUCCUGCUCCUGCUGCUGACUCUGGGGGAGGAGUUUAAGCGUUGCCCCGCCCCUCUACAGUCUCUCUGCUGCUGGAUUCACGAGACCAAGUCGGCCCGCACGCUGCUCACGCUCACCGCCAUCGCCAUCAACUUUGGAGUCGCCUCCUCCGACAUCCUGUGGUGUGAUUCGUCAGAGUCUCACAUCAACAGCAGUGACUUUGUGUUGGCUCCGCCCCCCUCCACCUGGCCGGACAUCAACAUCUGCACACAUCCAGAGUACAUGGUGCUGAGUGGGGUUGUUGCCAUGGUAACCUGCGCGGUGUUCCUCAGGCUGAGUUGUGUGUUGAAGCUCGCUGUUCUCCUGCUGGCCGCCGCCCUCUACACCUACCUGAUAGAGACGCACAGGUCUCAUCACCUGUGCAGGAAUGGCGUCUGUGUGGUCCUCAUGGUCAUGUUCAUGGUCGUCCUCCUCUACAACAGCAGACAGCUGGAGGCGACGGCUCGUCUAGACUUCCUGUGGCGCCUGCAGGCGAGGAAGGAGGUGGAGGACAUGAAGGAGCUGAGGGAGCACAACGAGUGUCUGCUGCUCAACAUCCUCCCUGCCCACGUGGCUCAGCACUUCCUGGAGAGAGACCGUAAUGACGAGGAGCUCUACUCUCAGUCCUACGAUCGAGUGGGCGUCCUCUUCGCCUCCCUGCCCGGGUUCUCCGACUUCUUUGAGCAGAAGGAGUUGGUUCAUCAGCGCAUCGAGUGUCUCCGCCUCCUCAACCACAUCAUCAGCGAUUUUGACGAGCUGUUAGAUGAAUGUUUCUUCCAGGAGGUGGAGAAGAUUAAAACCAUCGGCAGUUCUUACAUGGCAGCGUCUGGACUCUCACCUGAUGGACAGGACUACGAGGACGUUUGGCAUCACCUCAGUGAGCUGGUUCUGUUCGCUUUGGCCAUGCAGGAAACGCUCAAACACAUCAACACACAAACAGGAAAUAACUUCCAGCUACGAGUCGGUAUCGCUCAUGGCCCGGUGAUCGCCGGCGUCAUCGGUGCCACCAAACCUCAGUAUGACAUCUGGGGUCUGACGGUAAACAUGGCGAGCAGGAUGGAGAGCACGGGAGUCAACGGGAGGAUUCAGGUUCCAGAGUCCACCAGCUGUAUUCUGAUGGAGCGAGGCUUCCUACGGCAGCUCAGAGGGAACAUUUACGUCAAAGGCAUCAGUGAACGGCACGGAAAGGUCCGUACGUUUUUUGUGAGCAGUCGUGAGGAGCGGUCCAGUUUCCUGGAACGUGGCGGUGGGCGGGGCUUCAGUAUGAACAGGAACACGUUGGGAGCGGUGGUCUACAGUUUGGUCCAGGCCAGGAAGAGAGAGAAACUGAUGGAGGAGAAUGGAGGCUUUCACCUGGUCGAGGCAUCCUAGGAGGAAGCGUCCCAGGAUUUUUGUAAUGCCACUCAGCUAGUUGCCGCCAGCCUCCUCUUCGUUCUGGAUUUGCUGUGCUUCAGAUGUCGUGCCAACUGGAACGCUGGACUCAGACCCUUGUGGGGUGUCUGAUCCAAUCAGCAGAUGGAAUGCAGGGACCAGCAGGGGGCGCUGUUUGAUCAGACAAAGAACCUUCACUGCUGUUUUUUUAAAGACUUUUUAGCUCACAUUUGUUCUAACAACUGGAUCUUCUAGAACUUUUUUAAUCUAAAGAUGAUGGACUGAGUAUUUCUUAGUUCUAAUAUCAGGAUGUAAGGAGACAGAACAUUCCUGAUUAUACCUCACACCUCAGCAGCUAAUAUCCUCCUCCUCACUGUCUUAAACAUGUGUGCAUAUGUUUGUUUACUUAUGAUCACCAGCUCUACCUACAGGAAUCAUUAUGAAGGAAAGGCCAGCUUUAUAUGGAGGCCCACUUCCACAUGAAUCUGUCUGUGAGGCAGGGUUUUGCAUUUAAGCUGCACCAACAUAAACCAUGUAGGAGUGUUUCUAUAUUUCCCUUUAGAUGUGAUAAUAAUGUGAACUGUUGAAGCAGAAUUAAUGAAGCUUUAGAGGUGAAAUAAAGAGCAGAGCGCUACGACCCUCUCACUGUUCAUGGCUGCUCUUUAUUUGUCUGGUUAAAUAUUAAUCUGGCUGAUAACGCCGUCAGCAGCUGUUCAGAUGAUUUAUUUUCUCACAGUAUUUCAU